AUGCACAACCCCUCGAAUGGCACACAGUUGGUGUUCAGGCGAGAGGCUGAGGUGCGGUUUGACUGGUACCCGCGGCACGCGGUGACCAAGGUGUUGGGGGAGAUUGACAAUCGUGCGGGCAUUUCAUCGGAAAUCAAGAGUCUGCUGGAAACCUGGAAGGUGCCGGUGGAGGGCAAUCCAUUUGCCCAGCCUAGGCAGCCAGACACAG